AUGCUUAAAUAUGUAACUAACAAGUUGAGAACACAUUCGAUAAACGAGGACCACAGUAAGGCCGACGAUAAUCACGACUCCGGCACCGAAUCGGACGAAGAUUUAGAAACCACGGAUAUUUCUGUAGUACGUGACAAAACAUCUAGUAUAUCUCCGGCAGAUACAGGGUGUUCAGUCGACAGCCCUGCGCCUGAUCAGCAGGACGCUCAUAGCUCUGAGGAGGAGCUCGAGGUUAUAAAUAGUAACAAAAAGGUAGUGGAACAGGUGAGACCAUUAAGGGCAGCUUCAGUCUGCUUACCAGAAAAAAGAAAAUGGUCCCAAAUGGGUGAUUGUCAUAAAAGAUACACCCCUGAAAAUGAAGAAAAUAUGUCACAUUAUGGCAAUUUGAGCCCAUCGACAUCAUGUUCACCUUACAAAUGCUUCGGGGAAGAUGGCGCAGUCCAACAUUCUGGAUCAAGCGAUGAAGAAGUCCACCAUCUCUUGGCGAGCAUGGCGACUCCAGUGCAAUUCCGGACUUCUCCACCAAUCGAGGCGGUGAAACCGGGCAGGAAACAGUUGCUACACAAAGGCCGGUCUUUGAGCCCGCCACCCAAACUUUUGCACUACGAAGCUUCGCCCAGGAAAAGAUCCAGACACCUUAGGCACAGCCAUAUGCAACGGCCGUACUUGGAUUUCGAAAAAAUGCAACAACAAAAAGCACGUUCAGUGACAGCCUGGCGUCACACCGGAGACCACGGUGGCGAAUUGUCGGUUUUCUGUUGGUGA